CGAAGGGCUCGAUGUUUGUAUGCAGUGCGGGUAUUAGAUUUCGGCACGAGAGAAAGCUGACCACAUGGAGGGCCGCCACUACCCUUUUUCCAAGGCCUGAGUAGUUUUUUCCGCAUUUUCUUUUCCUGCCGGAGCUGCGUGACUCCGGUGAUGCAGCACAUAUUCUGAAGCGAAAAGGGAUGAUCGUCUACUGACCGUCUCAUCACUCUCGGACUGCUCCGCGAUACGAUCAUUCCAGCCUCUGUUUGGAGACCGCAAAGUGAAGUUGUGGUGCAAAAAAUUCGCAAUGCGGAAGUCGUACUGGGUAGCCAGCGCGCUAUUCCACGCACUUCUUCUGCAGUACGCGCACGGGGAGAACACGAAGAGCGCGGACAAAUGCGCGGGCUACUACGACGAGGUGGAGCGAAACACUCUUGGCCCAACCACUUUUCUGGCCAUCACGUCGACCGGGGGAAAGGUAUGAAAGAACGUAUAUCAUAGUUUUCCCAAGCUCCUGCAACAUCCUCCCGGGAACUUACUUGUUGCAGCGUUACAAGUAUAGCCACCUGCUUCGGUAUUUGUCACUAGAUAGGAGAUUCAGAUGCAAUUCAAACCUCCCUCCCAGGUCCUGUAUACGCAAGUGGUAGACAACAGCCUUGCCGCAGACGGCCGGGCGCUGGCCCUGGUGGACAGCGGGCUGACCACGCCGAAGGACAUCGCGUAUGACCCGAAAACCGCGAGGAUCUUCGUGGCGGACUUUGACGCCAAGAUGAUCGUCAGCUACGAGCUGUUUGUCCAUGUCGACGACAAGAUGCGGAAAUCACUGAAGAUUCGUGGCGACCGCGUGGUGGUCGCGGAGGAUUUGAGAACCGCGUGGCUCGACCUGGAUCACGACGGCAAUCUGUACUUCACCAGCGGCUCCGUGGUGAACAAGAUUGACAACUCGUUGUUGAAAGAUCUCUUCGCCGGGGUUCUCACCGCCUCUGAUUUGAAAACCCAGUCCGAAGUCGCGGCCUUCUACGCCGCGCAGCAAUCCCAAGCGGAGGCUAGCAACGCGCCGCCGCCGGUCACGCAGCCCGUCAUCGUGCAGUUGGUGUCCGGGCUGUCCGCGCCAACGGGGAUCGUGAGUACAAUUUUCAGAAAAGUUCUACUUGCGCGGUAUACGUUCAACGGCAUUCUAUUGUCUUUCACUGCGUAAUAUUUUGGUAGUCAGAAAAUAUACUAGCUAUGCACGACUAAAAACCAGCGAACGGCGACCAGCUCUACUGGGGACAGGCAAACAUUGCCAAUAACACGGCGGAGAUCGUCGCUGCCGCAGCCACACCCACCGGUCCCGACCAUAGAAAAACAAAGCUGGCGUACACUGUACAACCAAGAAUAGAAGGCGUCGCGAUGAACCACAACGUACUUUUGAUAAAUGAGAACCUGUCGUUUUUGAUGUUGUAGAUGUUUUGUUCUGCAGCAGUCGUGAUAUGCUGUAUUUCUUUUUCAUUUGACACUUGAGAAAAAAAGAAUCCACCCCCCAAAAAUGAUCCACCGCUCAGUCGAUCUUCUUCGCGGCGGGCGGAAAGGUGUUGAAAGUCCCACAGAGUAAUAACAUGCAGCAGAACGGCGUCCCGGCCGUGCCAAUCGCGGAGAACCUGGGCAAUCCUCGGGGCUUGGCCUGGGAUCACGACGGCACCCUUUACAUCGCGGACGGGGGCGCCAGUACGAGCGGUGCCACCGGCUCCAUGAUCAGCGGCAUGGUGUACGCCGUGCCCAGUGGCGCCACCGCGGUGGCGCCGACGCAAGAGGUGGUCCCAGUGGACGGGGCGUACGGAGUCACGGUCAUCAGCUGCGCUGACGAGGGCAUCGAGGUGGUCCGCAGCGAGACCGAUCCGGAUGGAUCAAAAAGCCGACACAAGCUCUUCCUCUACACCUCCAUCGCGGUCGCGUCGGUAUUGUUGUUGAUCGGGGCGGUGGUGCUGCGAUACUGACGGAGGAGGUGGAGCGUGUCAAGAUAUACUAGUCCCGGAUAAUCGCGCUGCUUACGUAGCCGAAAUUUAAAAUUUUCGGUUGCAUGAAGUAGACCUGAGCACGAUCCGCGCGCGGGACGACAUAGACAUGUAGAGACCGUCGCUCGAUUGCUACAUAGAUACUGCGCCGAACAUCAUACAGCCACUCACCACACGACCGAUCACGACCUAGCUGCGUAGUGGCACGGCAAAAAGGACUUGUCGUCCCCUUCGACUGUUCUUUCCUCACGGUCGUGUAUCUCGCGGUGUUUAUUGUUGUCUCUGCCCCGCAUCGAUCAAUCGAGAAUUGUGUGCAGUGGUCAUCAUGUUGCUAGUAAG